AUGGAGGGAGAAGCUCUGGAAUAGUAUCUCUGGAUGGAAGAUGGGUUCCCAUUCCGAGAUUGGCAUGACUUCAAGAGUCAAUUGGAGUUCAUUGCAACAACUAAUGAGCUUACAACAAGCCAAAUUAGUAAGAGAAUAUAUGGCCGAAUUUGAACGAAUUGCAGCCUUUCUACCUCAUAUAAACACUGAAGUAUUAGAAGAUGCAUACGUGUGGGGCUUGAAACUGGCCAUCAGAUCAGAAUUGGCAAUGCAAAAGCCCUUGGAACUCAGAGAAAUAAUGGAUCUAUCAAUCCAAGUUGAGACUCAUCUUCGGGAAAUCUGA